AUUGUGCUGAUUUUUUACAACUGGUAAAAACAUGUGGUAGUUACCCUUGGAGUAUGUCUUCAACUCGCGAUCAAUUGAAGCCAGCGAUUAACAAGUCUGGACAGAUUUUGACCGAGAACGUUCAGGAGUUGGUCCUCUGUAAGCCGCGCCUGAUCCCGCUGAAAAGCCUCACUUUGGAGAAGCUGGAAAGAAUGCAACAAGAAGCUGAAAGAGCUAAGGAUCAAUUACAAAGCACUAAUAAAACUAAGUAGCUCGUUAAAACUGUACUCCCUUAUAUAAAAUAUGGGGUAUGCUUCGCUCAUUUUAAAAAUUCUGUUGUCAUUUUUCAUAUCGGCAAGUGUGCUGUACAGAUAUGGCAAUUGGUUCAGGCAUAGAAUAUUCGUGACUCUUACAGUUUUGCUGGCAUGGUUUUGUAGUUUUCUAAUCAUAUUUGCCCUUCCACUGGACAUAAUAUCGACGGUGUAUCGGCAGCAAAACCGCACAGAAACUUAUAUAAGGGCGAAUAACUCUGAGGAUGACAGCACCUUCCCAUGGGGCAUUUUACCGGAAAGGGUUUUUGUAAACUUAUGGAGAACCGUGUAUUGGAGCACGCAAUUUUUGACUUGGAUGAUCAUGCCCAUGAUGCAGUCGUACAUAAAAGCUGGCGAUUUUACAGUAAAAGGCAAGCUGAAAUCCGCUCUAGUCGAUAAUGCCAUUUAUUAUGGGUCCUAUUUGUUGAUAUGCGGAAUUCUGCUGAUUUAUUUGGCUCUGAAACCAGGAAUCGACUUGGACUGGGGUAAACUGAAGGCAAUCGCUUCUUCGGCAAGUAACACCUGGGGUUUAUUCCUCCUCGUGUUAUUACUCGGCUACUCAUUGGUGGAAGCCCCACGAAACUUCUGGAACAAUUCAAAUGCCAGCUUAAAAUUGACUCAGUAUUACUUCAAGGCCUCAAAGCUCAGCUCCGAUAAAUGCGAAGCCGAGGAAACUGUAGAUGAUGUUUUGGAAUCGCUGCAAGCCAUCGCCACAGUCAUCCGGCCUGGCCAUUAUCUGCACGGUCCCUUGGAGACGAUUUUGCAGAAAGUGCCUGUGGAGCUUAAGGAUCGGAUGACUAGACGGCAGCUGCCUGAAGAUGUAACACAUGAUUUGCCCACGGAGAAAUCGCUGAUUCGGCUACACAGGCAGACAAUCAAGUCGUUGCAAGUGCUGCAACGAACAGAAACCCAGUGGAAUGUAUUGCUCGAUAAGAUUUUCGAAUGCGAAGAUACCUUGAAGAAUCAGGUCUCGAUGGAUAGGCGGUUUAAGCGGACUUUUCAAAAGGAGUCUUCCUGGUCGAACCGAUAUUUGUCCGUGCCCGUGUUAGAAUGGUAUUGGAAAUGUUUAGUGGCCCCAGUGUGCUGGAAGUUAAUCGGCAUUGUCACAUGCAUAAUGUCCGUGACAAUUAUAUGGUCGGAAGUAACAUUUUUCUGUGUUUCCCCGCCUUUGUCGCUUUUCGCAGUUAUUGUAAACGCUGCUAAGGCCAGCUACGACUAUUUCAUGAUAGAGGUUUUGUCGACAUUUAUAAUUCUGUACUUAUCCUUCUGUGCUUAUUCGACCAUCCUGAAAAUCAAGCUGCUCAACUUGUACUACUUGGCCCCGCAUCAUCAGACCAACGAGCACAGUCUGAUCUUCUCCGGGAUGAUGUUCAGCAGGCUGACACCAGCAUUGUGUCUCAAUUUUCUGGGCCUGAUCCACAUGGACAGUCAUGUGAUUCAUAGCCAAAUAGACGAAACCUCAUACACGCAGAUUAUGGGCCACAUGGAUGUCAUCGGUAUAAUCUCGCACGGCUUCAACCUGUACUUUCCAAUGGCGAUUUUGGUGUUCUGCCUUGCAACGUACUUCAAUCUAGGAUCCAGAUGCCUCUCUCUGCUGGGCUUUCAUCAGUUUGUCGGCGACGAAGAAAUCACCACCGAUCUUGUACAAGAAGGAAGGGAACUGAUCACAAGAGAGAAGCGCAAAAGACAGAGGGCUGAAGAGUCAUCGAAUAGGCGGAAGGAGUAUCAGGACAGGUUUCCAACCAAUGGUCGAUUCAGGACGAGUAACGCAGCCGACCUUGCUCGUCCCACAGACCAAUUCGAAGGCAGCAGAAUUCGAGACUCGUACAACAUGGAGACGUACAAUCGCACCACCUACACUAGUGAUGAAAUAAACACACGAUUUCCUCCUGCGGAAGACGACAUUGAUGAGCGGUUUGGAGCAAGUACUGGCUUCGGAAGGAACCUGGACACGAGGUUUGCAGAUGGUUAUCAAGCGGAUAAUAGCAGAGUGGAAGGCGCGCCGCCGAGGGGUAUAUUUGACGACGUGUAAAUAUUUUUAAGCGUUUUUCAACAAGGUUUCACAGCAUGCGUUGUGGGCAGUUGUUCGGUUCAACUGGGCUAGUCAUGUAUAUCGGACACUUUAUAUUAGGUGAUUUGGAAGUUAAUUCAUUGGCACUUGAAACUGGAACAAUCUUUUUUUUACAAACUUUUUG